AUGGUUAUCUCUGCAAUAUUGCUCGCAGCUGUAUCGCUCUUUCCAACAAAGACGAUUGCUCAAACUGACAUCACGCCUUCAAGUGCGGUUACCUUCACCGCGAGUGGGACAGGGGCUUCUCCUGGUUCAACCGACUCAAGCCCUUCCAGUUCAUCUGGAUCUAAUCACCUCGGGGUUGUUGGUGAAACCUUUCAGCAAGCAGCUCUCCUUGACCAGAUCUGCAAUGCCGCAAAGUUUGGACCGGUCGAUUUCGGCAGUCUUGGGCUCAAAGGAGAGGAUGUUUGGGCUCAAUUGGGUCUCGAUCAAACCCUACUCACUUAUUUUCGAACCCAUGAUUUGAGUAAUUGGGUUGAUUUCUUCUACGGCUUCUCUGUCGAGGCAAAGCUGGGUCCUGGAGAUCCAAGCAGGCUUGUAUGCAACAAUCCUGAAGAUUCAUGUGACCCUUCCCUCGAUUGUAGCGUCUAUGACACAAAGCAGGCCGCCAUUGUGUCAUGGGCAAUCAAAUCCUUGCAUGAUAUCAUCUCAGCCGAGGCAGCAGCCUACGAUGAUGCCCUUACGUUUCUGACGAACAAUGACAAUGCAGUUGCGAAGAGUCUUUUUGGAGAUGUCGCCUUCGGCCCAGACGUCAACGAGGGCGCCAACGACCCGCUCUUCGUUCUUAAGUCGAUCAUCGAUAGCGUCACUAAUUACCUGCCUUUGUUUAGACCAGUAAAAUUUCUGGCUGAAGGGGUUCUCAAAGUUCUCAAGACAGUCCGUAAAGUCGUGCAGGCAAACACCGAUUUUCAAAUUGGCGACCAGCCAGAUGUGGAUGCCGGACCAUUCGUUGACUCGGUCCGGAGCACCUUCACCAAUACUCGAGCAGAGCUCAGAAGCCAGAUGGGUCGUUGGAUGGGAACCGGAACGAUCACAUCAGACGUUCAUAGCUCACCUGAGGACACUCUGUCUUUCCUGGGGUCCGGAAGUGUGCUCAACUCGUUUCAUCGGAGUAUCCCGGAUAUGAGAGUGGAGGCACAGGACAAUAUUUUACAGCAACUCGUGAGUGCACUUUACGAAAUACCAUUUCCGCUUAGAUUUUGGACAAUCACAGUCACUGAUGUCAAGUAG